CUUUGAGCCUGGCUGGAGCUGUUCACUGGGACCAAGCGCUGUCCAUGGUGCUGAAAUCGACAACCCGCUUCUCUGUUGUGUCAUAAGGUUCUUCUAUUGUUGGGCUUCCCUGGCACAAGCGGAGGAAGUCUGAAUAAAAGAGUCUUAACUGAGGUGGCUUAUAUACACAGAUCAGGUGCUUUCAUCUGGGAAAAAUCCCGGCCAUAAAUAUAGCCUACAAGUUUCCCUCACUUUCACACCACUACCAACAUAAAAGAGUCAAAAUGAGUUCAUACCACAGAGGAGCUCAAAUCAAAUGUGGAAAAACAUAAUUCUAAGGUCAAAGUUACUAUGGCAGUCCAACUGUAACAUGCUGAAGAGAUGGUUUGGUUUCAAAGAGGAAAUAGGGAGUUAUGUGUCAUACAUAACUGAGCAUGAAGUCACACUUCUGCUUUGGCUGCAGAGACAGAUAACAGAGGGAGUAAAGUAGAAGCUCUGAGCUAUUAUUCCACUGAAAACCUGCAGGUUUAACUGCGCUCACAGAGAGGCCACUCAGAAUCUGUGGUGUGACCCAUCAGAAAAUGAAAACAGGAAUCAGCAACUGCAGAAGUUUCUGUUUACUGAUAUUUUGAUCAUAUUAAAUUUGACUUUCUUUUCUGCUUUUAACUGAACCUCAAUCACACACCUGUUCUUUUACAGAGAAACAUAACUUCAGUGGUUUCUUUUUAUAGCUAGAAGUUCUUGGGGAGGUACAAAACAACCACUUCUCACACACUGCUCUCCAUAUAGACUUUGAAUCAAACACAGCAUGCACAUUUGGUAUGCUGCAUUGAUAGACAAUGAAAUGGUUAUAAGAAGUGCUUUUCUCUGCUGUGAUAGAGACUGUGGAAGGACAUUUGGCGCCUGAAAUCAAGUGACCAGCUGAUUGAGAGAAUUUGAAUCCAGUCAAGGAUGCUUUGCGAAGGGAGAUUGUUAAGCAUGGCCUUUGCUGAAUUGGAGGAGCUGGACUCCCCCGCACCUCAAAAGGCUUUUCAGAGUGCUUAUGGGCUGCCAAGAGCACCUGCCACCCUCAUGUCAGGCUCCACUAGACGCGCUCCACCUGUUCAUUGCAGUUCCCCUGAGGCGACAGGUAGCAUGGACAACAGUGCUUCAGCGGAGCUGUACAUUUCUCCUCUGCAGUCCUUGAAUCUUCAGAGAGCCCAUCCAGGCAGACAGAUCUCUCCAGAAAUAGAGAUCCCAGCUCAGGCUUGCUCAGGUGGCGAUUCCCCUUUCUUGGUUCCCUCCUUCUGUCAGAGCAUCUGCAAAAACUACAGUGACCUCCACAUUGGAGGUGACCAGGUUUUGCCUCUCUCAGCUAAUGAUGGUGAGCUGAGGCUUUGCACUGAUGCCCAGCCUGCUGGCCCCUUUCUCCAGUCUUGCGAUGUCCCCUCAGCCGUGGAGGAUUCUCUCCCAGGGCAGACAUCUCAGGGUGGGCUUCAGCAUAUAGUGAGGGGAGGCUCCAAUCGUUGGAGACUGGGGAGUGGUCGUGAUCGGAGCUUUUUGUUCCAGGGGCGAGAGGGGCCAUUCUCCAACUCCCUUCUAAAUCACUACCUGGAGCAGAAGCUCCUGGAUCUGUACCAGCAAUAUAUGAUGGAAAACAUGGCGAGAGAAGACUCUCACCCACACUCCAUUUGCCCUCUGCUGGAGUCAGAGCUGGUCCUGACCAGCCUGGACCAGAUCACUUUGAAGUUGAGUCGAGAAGGGAACCUGGAUGCCAACCUGGCCAAGGACAUGGUUGUGAGCUGCCUGCUGCGGGUGGCUGGUGACAUGCAGUCAAGUGAGCUCAGCACUCCUAUACUGCAGAUUUCAAAUGAGGCAUCCAGGGAGCAGCUAACAGAGAAUAAGGAGGAGUAACCCCAGUGUCAAGAAACUCACUUUAGACAUGAUAAAAAUAAGAUGAAACUGAUGACUGCAUUUUAUUUUACUUUUUUGUUUUAAUAGCUGUUGAGAGGAUGUUGCAAUGUUCUGCAUAUAAUUAUUAAUUGCCAGGAGAAUGUGCUGUAUUUAUUUUUGUGCUUUCUUUAAUUAUUUUAUUUUAUAUAAUAAUACAAUUAUAAUAUGCAGUUAUGUAAUUGGCAUGUUUGUAUGUGAGACGUGUGUGGCAUGUCUGUAUGUGCAUUUUUCAUUUCCUAAAGGAAAACAUAGACAGGACCUGAAAAUUGAAACUGCGCUUUCUCCCUUUUUUUCAAAUAACAUUCACUUCUAACAGAACACGUCAUGUCCUACUUAACUAUUGUUAACACACAUAUACUGCACAUAUGACUGCCAUAUCUUCAUCUGUUAUAAAUGUGUCUUUGUUGGUUAGAUGCAGGAGAACAUGGCGUCCCUGUCAUUUAGGUAACAAAAUAAUAUAAGAUAGACUGUUUAUUUCAACAGAAUAAACUUGUGCUGCAAGUUUCAA